CAGGGUGAGUAAAUGUUGCUCCAGAAUGGACAGGACUGCAAGUCACAGUUGCCAUCUUCUACAGCAGCUUCAUGAGCAAAGGAUCCAGGGCUUGCUGUGUGACUGCAUGCUGGUGGUAAAAGGAGUCUGUUUUAAAGCACAUAAAAAUGUGCUGGCAGCUUUCAGCCAGUACUUUAGAUCUCUGUUUCAGAAUACCUCAGUCCAGAAAAGCGAUGUCUUUCACUUGGACAUCAAGAAUAUUGGAGGCAUAGGUCAAAUCCUGGACUUCAUGUAUACCUCACAUCUUGACCUGAAUAAUGAUAAUAUACAAGCUAUGCUGGACAUUGCACAGUGCCUCCAAGUACAAAACGUCUUGAAUAUGUGCUACAAUUUUUUAAAACUGACUACAAAUGUGGAGACUGUAACUCCUAUUCCGUGUAGCAACUCUGAACCCUUACAGAGCAAUUACCCAGCAUUUACUAACUCUGUAUCCAGCGAACAACUAAGCACUCCAAUACUAGAAGAUGCAGUAACAGAGGCCAGACAUUCCCAGCCAUUGUUGUCAGAUAAGGGCAAUGUCCCUUCAGCUGAGGUCCCUAAACCUGCAUCUGUCACCAUCAACUCAAGUCAUAAGGAAAUUCAGUUAAAGCAGUAUGGUCAGCCCUACAAACUGCGGGACUUUUACAGCAAACUCUUCUACAAGGAGAAUGCAGACAAGGCAGCAGAACAGGCUACAACGGCUACCGUUGAAUCUAAUUUGGCAGAAUCACAAUCAUGGACUUUGACUUCCUCUGAGUCGAUAUUAACUCCAUCAGAUUCUUUACCUCUGGAACCUCUGCCUGCGUUUUCUCAUACGUUUGUUUCCUCCCAGGAUCAAGAAACACCGCCACUGCAGUUCCCCACAGAAAUGCGACUUAAAAAAGCCAUUCACCUUAAGAAAUUAAACUUUCUCAGGUCUCAGAAGGCAGCAGAAGAGUCAGCUCAGCCGAUUGGAGUUUUACAGAACACUAUAGAGGAAACUGUGUUCACAAAUGAGGUCCUUGACAAUACAGAAAAGACCUUUCUAGAAAAAGAAGCUGAUGGAGAAAUACUUGAGAAUAUUGCUCAAAAUGUGGAGUUGGAAAGAGCGGAGAGCCCUAAUAUGGAAGAUCCAGGUGUAUCGGUACCAAAGCACUGUGCGUGUGACUUGUGUGGCAAGACCUUCAAACACCCCAGCAACCUGGGGCUGCACAAACGUUCUCACACAGGAGAGAAACCUUUUGAAUGUAGCGUUUGUGGCAAACACUUCUCACAGGCUGGAAAUCUUCAGACUCAUUUACGAAGGCACUCUGGUGAAAAAACCAUACAUAUGCGAAAUUUGUGGUAAAAGGUUUGCAGUCUCUGGAGAUGUGCAGCGCCACAUUGUCAUUCACACAGGAGAAAAACCACACUUGUGUGAUAUCUGCGGGAGAGGUUUCAGUAAUAUCAGCAACUUGAAGGAACAUGAGAAGACUCACGCCACAGACAAACUGUACACCUGUGAUGACUGUGGUAAAUCCUUCAACAUGUACCGCAAGCUCAUAAAGCACAGAAUCCGCCACACAGGAGAGCGACCGUACAGCUGUAUGACAUGUGGUAAGAGGUUUGGUGGCUCUGGAGAUCUGCGCAGGCAUGUCAGAUCUCAUACAGGGGAGAAACCAUAUACAUGCGAUGUAUGCAACAAAAGCUUCUCCCGCUCAGCUGUCCUCAGACGCCAUAAGAAAAUGCACUGUAAGUCUGGAGAUGGAGAUCAGGCUGCAGCAGAUGAGUUGCACAAUCCUGAAGGAUCAUCCGAUUUGGAUACAACUCAGACUUUAGAUUCAGUUACACAGAACAUUUCUGUAGCUUUUAUACAAGAACAGGUGCAUUCAGUGGAGAAUACAAGGAGCGACUACGAGGGAAGUACCGCAAACGUCUUCUGCAAAUUACAAAGCAUGAUUCAGCAAGAUACUGGACAGGACAAGAAUAUCUCAGAGCGUACAAAAGCCACAAAGCCUCACUUGGCAGACACAGAUGAGGCCUACACAUUCACCGAGGUGGAGGUGUCAGAGGACAGUCUACCCUCUGACAUAUCUAUGAUACGUUCCUCAUUAGUGACUAUAGAGAAUAACUGCCAUGAGCCACUAAAUAACCGAGCCUCAUCCAAUGGAUACAGAAGCUCAGAUGGCCCUUUCUUUUCUAGUAUGUCUCUCUGGGGUCUUGCUAUGAAGACACUUCAGAAUGAAACUGACAUGGAGCAGUAA